AUGUUAUUUUACGGUUAUAAAAAUUUCAAGGAAUCUGUGAGGAGCAAGGAACAUGUAUUAAUUGCUCUGAUGAUCGCUACUCCUACUAUAGAUGUAAUGCUUCAAACGAUUGCUUCGUUGACGAGAAUUGUACUGAACAGAGUUUCUGUUGUCCGACAAGUGAAUUUAGCAGGAGAUUAUCAGCGUUAUCUAAUGAUGAUAUUAGUAUGCAUUAUUUUAGAUCUUAUUGUAGUUUUGAUACUUCAUAAAGCAAAAAAAUCUUUUACAAAAUUUAUUGGUGUUUCAGUUUUUAAAUAUGAUUCCGAAAAGUUAGGAAUGUGUCCGGAUGGAACUCCAUGGCAUCAACAGUGUAGUGAUGAUAAGGAUUGUACGCUUGGCGGUGAAAUUUGUGUAAUGGGAAAAUGUUGCACAGUCUGUUCGCAGCAUCGACGUCGUGUACUGGAUAAUCUGCCAACCAAUAAUGUUAUUGGUGUACAUAUUCCGCAAUGUGAUUCAUCCGGAAAAUAUUAUCGUGCGGUACAAUGCCGUAUCGGAACUGAAGAAUGCUGGUGUGUUUCACGAUUUGGACGAAUUAUUGCUUCAUUAAAACCAAAAACGGCAGAUUUGAAUGCAGCAUGCGAAACAUUUCGAUUAACUGUUAAGCGUAUUUUGGAUGAGAAGCGUGAACGUAUUGAAGUGCGUCGAAAACAGGAAAAUUUAACAAGUUCAAAACAAGAGAGCCAGUCAUUCGUUGUAUUGUAUAAAGGACAAGGUUCGGAGCCAAAACAGGAACUUCAGAAUAUAAGUAAUAAAAUUGAUGAUAAAUGUUUAUGGAUGAAAAGUGGACGAUGUCCGGAUCAACCGAUAUCUCUUACUAGCACAUCGAAAUUUUGUCACUGUGAUAGUGAUUGUUCGGAUUCACAGAAAUGUUGUCCAGUUUUAACUGGUGGAUUAGCUUGUUCCUCGAAUAUUACAGUUAAUACUGCAACGAUGAAAGGAAUAUGCGCUGAAAAUGAACAAUUUGUUGAGUGUAUUGAUGAGUGUCAACCAGCUUGCUUUUCAAGAAAACCGAUUCCAUGUUUCAUUGAACGAUGCAAGAGUGGAUGUCAAUGUAGACCAGGUUUCAUUCGUAAAAUAAAUGAUCAACGUUCACCGUGCAUCCCGGAGAAUGAAUGCCCACAACAAAUUACUGAAAUAGAAAGACGUUGCACCGAUCCCUUACGUGAAUAUCGAACUUGUGGUCCAAUUUGUCCAAUUUCUUGCACAUCUCAAAGAGAAAAAUGCAAAACUGAAGGAUGUGUAGAGGGAUGUUUUUGUAAAGUUCCAUAUAUUCUCGAGAAUGGCGCCGAUCCGAUCCAUUCCAGAUGUAUCCUACCCAUAUACUGUCCUCCGUUAAUUAAAAACCAUUAUCCAGUCAAUGCUACCAUUUAUUUUGCACCACUGACACCUCUGACCCUUAACUCUCGUCUAUCUCGUGAACAUCACGAGGAUUCCGUUACUCAACCGACUGCAAUGCAGUGCAGCGAUCCAUUAAAGAAUUUCCAGAUUUGCGGUUCUGGCUGUCCAGUUGGUUGCAAUAAUCAAAUUGCUGGUUUCUGCGGUACUCAAUGUGUUGCUGGAUGUUUCUGCCGUAAUCCAUAUAUUCUACAAGAUGCUUAUAAUUUAAAUUCACGAUGUAUAUUACCACAUCAAUGUCAAUCAUUAACAAUUCAACAGCACAUUUGUUCUGAUCCUCGUAAAGAAUGGACACAUUGUUUUUCAUACGAAUGCGCACGUAGUUGUUCGAAUCCGGAAGCGAAGUGUACAUCAAGUGAUUGUACUCCUGGUUGCAUCUGCCGUGAACCAUAUCUAUUGUUUGAUUCACAUAAUCCUAAUUCACGUUGCGUACUUCCCAGUGAAUGUAAUUCGCAGUGCUCUGAUCCAUUGAAGGAAUAUCAGGCUUGUGCUUCAUCAUGCCCAAUAGGCUGCAAUAAUCCAAUACCACAAACUUGUUCGCCAUGUGUCUCCGGAUGUUUCUGUAAAUCGGGAUUUGUGUUUGAAGAUGCUAUAAACUGGCGUACCUCUAAAUGCACACCCUUUAAUCAAUGUCCAACAACCAACAUUUCUACUUUGUUAGUAGCAUUUAGUCCGCAGAACCACAAUUCAGCCAACAUGAUGGAAUGUCCUGCUACAACAGUCGAUCUAAAUGGAAAAUUUUGUAAUUUUGAUUCUGAUUGUCCAAUCCAACAGCGUUGCUGUCGUUCUAAUCUAUUUGAUAUGAUUAGCUCGAAACGAUCACGUUGCACCUGCACCGAUCCACAUGCAUACUGGGACUCUUGUGGUAUCUUAUGUCCAGAGUAUUGUGGACAACCUUCAAUACCGGUAUGUUCAUCCACCUGUAAUCCUGGCUGUCAUUGCGCAUCCGGUUACGUGAAAGCACGAAAUCAUGUAAUGGCCCUAUGCGUACUACGAACACAAUGCUUGCAAUCAAAGAAGUAUGAUAAUACCUCAGAAGAUAGGAAGCGUACAACCAAAGCAUACAACAUUUGGAAAGAAAUAGCAACUGCAAAAAUUUUGAGUGAUGGGAAUCAAAUUACUGGUGAUGUGAAAAUCAAAGAGAUUAAUAAAGAAAGAAUCAAGUUAGAAGGUAUUAUUAAAGGAUUGCCGAAUGGUGAACAUGCACUCAUUGUGCAUCAGGCUGGUGAUUUAUCCGAUUCAUGCGCUAAUAUUGGUCCCAUUAUGGCACCUGACAAAAAAUUUAAUGUAUCUUCGAUAUUUGGAAAUAUUAAAGCGGAUGGUAUUAAGAAUACAACAAUUGAUCGAGAAAUUGAUUGGCCGCAAGACAUUUCGCUAAUUGGUCACUCAUUGGUGAUUCAUAAAUUAUCAGUAAUGGAAUGGUCGCUACGUAACAAAGAUAUACUACCACUGGCUUGUGGUACGAUUGGUUUUCCAUCGCCAUGA